AUGGUAUACUUUACAGCAAUAAUACUGCAUUCUGAUUCAGGAAUAGACUACAGUGUAGCGGCAUUAGUUCCGCAAGACCACAAACAGAGGCGGAACAUUAGACUGGAAGGUGAUGUAAUGACAGAUUUCAAUCAGCCUGAUGGCAAAAUGGCUUAUGAUUUUCACGAAAUGCUACAACGUAACAACGAAAUUGCGAACGAUGUGCGGUAUGAGCCAAAUACAAUUACUGCUAAUAUUGACAGCGAAGUGGAGUGCGAUUGGAAUUCUCCUUCAAGUUACUUUGAGCUCAAUAAUUCUGCUUCACUGGAAUCAAGGAUCUAUGAAGCAGGACAUAUACUUAAACAGACUAUGGAGCUGCGUGACCCACAUCUCAUCAGGGAUCGUAGAGGACAUUUGCAAUCUUUCUUGUCGUGCAUGAUUGGCACGGAAAUGGUUGAUUGGCUGAGCAGUCUUACUACCAAAACGCUGGAUUCAACUAAGAAUAUGUCGCUAACACGUUUUCAAGUGGUUGGCAUGUGGCAAGCUUUGUUGGAAAACGGUGUCAUUGCACAUGUAAGUAACGAACUGCAAUUUGCCGACAAGCAAUUUUUUUAUCGUUGGAAUAUUGGCACCACAGCUAAUUUUAAUAUGAGGUUAAUAAGUGGUGUAAUGUUUGACGGAGAGCAAGAAACGGUACCACGCAUUAGUGAUAUUGCUGCAGCCAUAUCCUUCCUCAGUACGAUUGGACCUGAUUCGCUAUUUCGCAUGAUUCUCUGCAAACCGUCAUCGGAACGUACGAUGCAGGAACUAGAGCACGUUUACAGGGAAUUAUUACACGUAAAAGCAUUAACUCAUCUGAGUACAAUGGUGAAGCGUGAAUUAGCGGCGGUUGUUUUCUUCGAACAGCACCAACACGCUGGACAUGUAUUGUUCCGACAGGGUGACGCGGGUAAUUGUUGGUAUAUUGUCCUUAAAGGAUCCGUUGAUGUAAUUAUACACGGGAAAGGUGUCGUUUGUACUCUUCGAGAAGGUGACGAUUUCGGUAAACUAGCUUUGGUAAAUGAUGCGCCUCGCGCUGCUACAGUAGCGCUUCGGAAAGAUAAAUCACAAUUUUUACGUGUUGACAAAAGCGAUUUCAAUCGAAUUUUAAGAGAUGUCGAAGCGAAUACGGUGCGUUUGAAAGAACACGGGCAAGAUGUGCUCGUGUUGGAGAAAAUGAAUAUCGAGUACAGAACGUUUAACGACACUUAUCACGGUUCUGUAGCAGUUGCAAUUAAUGCUACAGCAAUAGAUGCUACCAGAAAUCUGUCUACAGAUGUAAGGCCAAGAUGCUGUUACUCUGUGAUGGCCGGAAUGCCGGAGAAAACUGUAGAAUAUUUGCUGGAAACUCGGAUUGAUGCGCAAACAGAUGAUGGCUUAGUGGAUACAUUUUUGGAGGAUUUCAUUCUCACUCAUAUCACUCAUAUGCCUGUGAACAUUUUAUGUAGUUAUCUUAAAAAUUAUUACAUGCGUGGUUCUACUGUUGGAGUGGAUGGUACACUGCCAAUAGAUGAUUAUGAGCAUAAAAUUGUUGCAAAACGACGUGUGGUUGCCUUUUUGAAUUUAUGGGUACAAAUUCUUGGUUUACGAUUCUUCCUUGAUCCUGCAUCUAAUAGUUUCGUUGAGGAAUUGUAUUGUUAUGUUUUGGAAGACAGUCGACAAUUCCCAGAGAUGUUGUCAAAUCUGGAACCAAUGUGCACAAUUCGACAACUUCGCGAAAAUGCUAUGCAAACGAUUAACAGGCACUCAUCAGUGGUACUUGACUGUGGUAUUUAUUGCAGCCAUGCUCCUGCACCAAACCCCGUACUACCAUUUGAUACCUGUAACCAAGUAAUUUACCUAUCUGACACAAGUUCUUUUGUAAUGAGCAUAAGACUUGAUAAAACUGCUGCUGAUAUCUGUGAAAUGGCAAAAACAAAAAUUCGAUACAGUGGUUCUAGCGAAGAAUUGCAUUUAGUUGAAGUGAAAAGCAAUGGAGAAAGAAUAGUCUUUUCACCGAAUGAUAUCAGUAUUCCGACAAUGAUUUCACUGAAUGGACUUUUGUACAUCGCUCACAACGACGAAAUCGAAACUUUGGCUCCGCUGCCGCAGCAAUAUAGUCCAUCGGAAGGCAUCCAUACCUCAUUACUGGACUAUUUAAGUAGUACUGAUAUUGCCCAACAGUUGCUCAUAUUUCAUACCCAGCUGUUAGAAGCAACUGAUGAUAUCGAACUUAUCACUCAGGUAUUUGGACGAGAGCAGUUUCCCAAUCGGAUAACAUCAAAUUUGGAUCUUUUAAUGCGUCGUUUUAACGAGGUACAAUUUUGGACAACAACUGAAGUGUUGCUUGCUCAGAGCAAUACGAAACGUCUUUCCAUUCUCAAAAAAUUUAUCAAAAUUGCUGCACACGCAAAAGAAAACAAGGACUUGUUAUCAUUGUUUGCGAUUAUCCUAGGUCUCAGUAAUAUCGCUGUUAGUCGAAUCAGUCAUCUUUGGGAUAAACUUCCAUCUAAAUUGAAACAACAGUACGCGGAAUUCGAAGAACUGCUUGAUCCGUGCCGUAAUCAUCGUGCUUAUCGGAUGCUUACAGCCAACAUGAGUGCACCGACGGUGCCAUUUAUCCCACUGCUCCUUAAAGAUUUAACAUUUACACACGAAGGCAAUAAGACCUAUUUCGCUGGUUUAAUUAAUUUCGAGAAAAUGCAUAUGAUUGCUAACAUUUUGCGAGGCUUUAGACAAUGCAAAUAUCCAGUUAUUACUUACGAACGGAAGGUUUUCAAGUCAAAAAACCUUGUUAGGAAUUUCAAAGUGAUCGACAAUCAGCGGCGUAUGAUGGAAUUAUCUUAUCAAAUUGAACCAUCGAAAAGGAAACAUCUCUAG